AUUCAUCAAACUUAUGUGCACAAACCUCUCAUCACCACUUCACUCCUACCUAACACUUCUUUCUUCCUCAUUCAUGGCUGUUCCAACAAUGUCCAUGCUCUCUCUACUACUCUUCUCCUUCUUCACCUUUUGUCUACGAGCCACUUAUGGCGAUUACGGAGGGUGGCAAAGCGCUUACGCCACUUUCUAUGGUGGUGGGGAUGCUUCGGGCACAAUGGGGGGUGCUUGUGGGUAUGGCAACUUGUACAGCCAAGGAUACGGCACCAACACUGCAGCCCUCAGCACUGCUCUAUUCAACAAUGGACUUAGCUGCGGGGCUUGCUUCGAGCUAAGGUGUUCUGGCCAGCCGAAAUGGUGCUUGUCCGGCAGCAUUAUGGUCACUGCCACAAACUUCUGCCCGCCCAACCCGUCCCUGCCUAACAACAACGGCGGGUGGUGCAACCCGCCUCGGCAGCACUUUGAUUUGGCUCAACCUGCUUUCUUGCAAAUUGCACAAUACCGGGCUGGAAUCGUCCCUGUUUCUUUCAGAAGGGUGCCCUGCAGAAAGAAGGGGGGAAUAAGGUUCACAAUCAACGGCCACUCCUACUUCAACCUAGUCCUGAUCACCAACGUUGCCGGCGCCGGUGAUGUCCACAGCGUGUCGAUCAAAGGGUCAAGAACUGGAUGGCAAUCCAUGUCAAGAAACUGGGGCCAGAACUGGCAGAGCAACUCCUACCUCAACGGCCAAAGCCUCUCGUUCCGGGUCACCACAAGCGAUGGAAGAACUGUUACCAGCUACAACGUAGUACCUGGAAACUGGCAGUUUGGACAAACAUUUGAAGGUGGACAAUUCUAGUUGUUUUCAAGGGCAAUAAAUAGGAUGAAAUGAAAUUAUAUUUGUAUAUGGUCCGUUGGGAGCAGUGGUGGUAGGUUUACGCCCGCGCUAGGCCUGAUAUACGUAUGUACGUAGUCAAGUUACAAUUGUUUUUGCCUUUUUUUUCUUUUUGCCCCCUUUUAAAAGAGGUUGAAAUGAAUUAUCAUGUAGAUUCAAUCCUUGAUUCAGUACAAACACUGAGUUAGGGCUACCUUAAUCAAGUAUGGUUUAAUGGUCCUUUUACUAGA